UGGUAUUUUAUAGUUAUUUGAUUUAUGAUACUGUAUGUGGUGUUUAAUCAUGCUUGAGAACUUUGUCUUUGUUGAAUAUUUUCUCAGCGUCACACACGCUCAUCACUACUUACACUGGAGUAAAUGGACAGACGGUUGCAGGAAUCCCAGAGUUUUCUUCUGUAACUGUAUUUGAUGGACAGCAGAUUGAUUAUUAUGACAGUGAGAUAAAGAAGCUGAUUACCAAACAGGACUGGAUGAAGGAGUUUGCAGCUACAGAAACAUGGAAAAAAUACACAGAGAUCAGAGAACGAUUCCAGCAGACCAACAAAAUCAACAUUCGUUUUCUGAUGAAGCAAUUGAAUCACUCGCAUGGUGUUAGGUAUCAGAGGAUGCAUGGAUGUGGUUGGGAUUAUAUGACUGGACACAUACAUGGGUUUGAUGAGUACAGUUAUGAUGGAGAGGAUUUCAUCUCAUUAGACCUCGAGGAGCUCAGAUACACUGCAUCUGUACCAGAAGCAAUACCCACAGAGCAGAAGUGGAACAAAGACAGAGAACAACUUGUCUAUCUAAAACAAUACUAUAGAGAUAAGUGCACUGACUGGAUAUAUUUCUUGAUGUCAAGGAAAGGGGAUUUUGAGAGAAGAGGACCUACAAAAACAUACUUCAAAAUACUUGUGGAUGUGAUAUUCGUACUGAUAGUCAUCCUCGUAGUCCUCAUUGUCCUGUAUAUUGGUACUGCAUUCCUUGUUUGGAAAAUGAAAAGUGGGUAUCAGCCAGUUUCACUCUUUGAAAGCGAGAUUUACAUCAACAAAGGUCUUUGAAGGGUUUUCUCCAAUCACCUGCACUUUCCCCAGAUUCCAGUCCAAUCAGGAAUCUUCAGGAUGUGGGAGAUCUGAUGAUUUCCAGCAUGCAUGUGUGACUAAAACAUGUCUAAUAGUUGAAUAAUACAACUAACAGGGAACGUUCUCGUAACAUUUUCUAAAGUUUCUCUCAAAGUUAUCAAAAACGUUCUUGCUGCCAUUGAUAAACGUUCUAAAAACGUUAGCAUAAAAAUGAUAUCCUUGCAUUGUUAGUGGAACAUUUUAAAAACGUUAUUAAAAAUUUGUCUUGACAAAAAAAGUCAUAAUUUGCAUAGGAACAAUUUGUGUAUCCAAUGACACAAAGAAUGAAACAUUCCAGUGGCUUUUUCCCCCCCUGGACUGAGAGAGAAAAAAUUAUUAUAGAACUAAUCGUUCUUAAAGAUGUUUUGCAAACAAAUGUUUAAUAACGUUAAUAGAACUUUCCUUAAACGUUAUUUAGGGCCUAUGUAGAAAGUUAAAAUGUUCUCAAAACAUUACAACUGUUAAGUGUACAGAUAUCUUGUUUUAAAUAGUAUUUCAAAUACUUAACACGUUUAUAUCAUUGAGUUUCAUCAAUGAAUUUAAUGAAAUGCAAUUCAAAUCUUUACAUUUUUGAUUAAAAUGAAAACCUUACAAUGCGCUUAAAAGUCAGAAGGCUAUUUAUUUAUUUUCAACUUUUUUUUUGUUGACAUUUGCAAUGUGAAGGAAAAAAUACACUUAGAAUGCAAAGUGUAUACAUUAUUUGACCUGUUUUCCCAAACAAGAUGAACACAUGAUCAAACAAACACAUAACGAACACUUUCUGACAUCUGUGUGGCGUUGCGUCUAUAAAAACACACUGGAGACACAUGGAU